AUGUCUGUGGCCACGGGCCUGCCCAAGAUCCUCUUCACCCUCUCCUGCUUGUGCCUUGGCCUGGGCUCCGGCCAGUACGCCCCGGACCUCAUCACCUCUUUACCUGGCCUCUCUACAGAGCCCAACUUCCUACAAUGGUCAGGCUACCUCCAGGCUGGCGAGGGCAAAUACUUCCACUACUGGUGUGGCCAUUCACUGAGGAGGUCCCCGAGAGGAGCAAAUGGUUUGCAUUCCGCUACUAACCUCAAGAUGAACACUGAUGGAUCGCUCUACAGGAACCCAUACAGCUGGAACAAGGUGGCCAAUGUCUUGUACCUGGAGUCCCCUGCAGGCGUGGGCUACUCCUACUCCCUCAGUCAGAACUACCAGACCAACGACCAGCAGGUGGCUGCUGACAACUACCAGGCCCUACUGAGCUUCUUUGAAAAGUUCCCCACUUUUGCCAACCACGACUUCUACGUCUUUGGAGAAAGCUACGGGGGAGUGUAUGUCCCCUCCCUGAGUGCACAGAUCGUCAGGGGCCCAUUUUCCAUCAACUUCAAGGGCUUUGGAGUGGGAAACGGGAUGAGCAACUACCAGCUGAACGACAAUACUCUAGUAGAAUUCGGCUAUUACCACGGCCUCAUUGGUGACGACCUCUGGGCCACCCUCCAAACCUACUGCUGCUCCAAAGACACCUGCAACUUCUUCAACAACACGGAAGACAACUGCUUCGAUGCUGUCUUGAAAGCCUAUGGUAUGAUUCAGGGUGUUGGCCUCAACAUCUACAACCUCUACUCACCCUGCUGGGGGGCACAUGGCUACCAGGGGCGCUAUGCUGCUGACAUGAGCAACCUCUUCAGAAAAUACCAGUUCAAUGUGGCUGCCCCCCCUCCAGGUGGUCCCAUCCCCGGUGUGCCUGCGUGCAUCAAUGCUACCGCCAUGUACAUGUGGCUGAACCGGAAUGACGUGAGGCAGGCCCUCCACAUCCCCAACUCCCUCCCUGUCUGGGAACUGUGCAGCCCCCAGGUUAGCUCCCAGUACCAGAGGCAGUACUUGGACAUGGCUCCUUUCUACCAGGAGCUGCUGCAGCAUGACCUUCGCGCCCUUGUCUACAACGGGGACAUUGACAUGGCUUGCAACUUCCUGGGUGGGGAGAGGUUUGUGGAGGCCCUAAAACAACCGAUGGUGAGCCCCUACCAGCCUUGGUAUUGGAAUGACCAGGUGGCCGGCUUCUUUAAAGAAUACAAGAAGAUCACAUUCCUCACCGUCAAGGGCUCAGGACACAUGGUGCCCCAGUACCGGCCUGCCCAGGCUCUGAAGAUGUUUGAGAGCUUCUUGAAGAAUACAUCUUUCCUCUGAUCUUCCUCCAUUGCUGGUGUCCGUUGCCUAUAUCCAGAGAACAGGAUCGGCUCAUCAAUAUGCGUGACAGCCUACUAAAAGGAAGAACUUGCCCCGAGAGAUAGUUCUCUUAAAGAGUCAUUCAUUCAUCCACCUGAUAAGCAUGAAGCACCUACUAUGCAUCAA